CUGAAGUCUUACCUUUAACAUCGGUGCACAAAAGCGCUCUCGCCUGCUUGUACACCGCGACUUCAGCCUCCUAGCCGCUGCAGAAAUCUUCGCAACUUGCAAUUGAUAGUUUGACAAUUUAGUAAACGCUAACGAUACGCCAUAUCAGCUGUGAUGUCGUCAAAACGUCAGCGCAUAGCGGUGGAGCUGAAUGGCGAGGCGGCGGACGUGGUGGCGCCCUCGGUCUGCUACCUGCCGAGUAUGCAGGCAAAUGGCACAGUUGAUAAUGCGGGCGCACCAACUUUGCCAUCGGCGGCAAAGCGACUCAAGUUCAGCGUGCAUUCGCGACGUGGUGCGCACGGCGGCACACAGCUCGUGCAAGCGAACCUCGGGGACAUUGAGUUUGUCGGUCGCAGCGAUGGCGACGAGAACGCCGGCAUGCAGCCGUGCUGCUACGCGGUGGGCGUCUUUUCGCCGGCCGAGGGCAAGCUCCGGCUCACGGCGGUGGCGUCGGAGCGCCUCUUCCGGCUGGACAGCAGGCUACAAGGGCUGGUGUACGCACCCACGGGCGCGGGUGGCGAUGAGGACGCCAGUGCCUAUGGGGCGCGCAAGCUGGCGGCCAAGAGGCUGGUGGACGAGUUCGGUUCCACCCGGCGGCGGCGGCAGAUGACUGCUCGCGAGGCGGGUGUGGUGGCUGCGGACCGCAUCAGCGGCGGUGAUGCGGUCAAGGAGAUGCUGGGUGGCGUGGCAGCUCGAGGCCAGGGACAGGGCCUUACAAAGGAGGAGGUGCAACGCAAAGCCUUUGAGCGGCGAACCGUCCCGCCGCACAACCCAUCCGGCACCACUCCUGUGGACGCCUACCCGCUGGAGCUGCUGCUGGGCCCACACGGCACCGGCGCGGUGGUGGGCACGGAGGCAGAGGCGGCCCGGGUGCGCGGCGGGGCGAUGGCUCGCGAGCUCAACACGGGCCAGAUCUACAAGCUGGCGGAAGACGCGGCGGAGCUGGCCAAGGCGCGUGAGAAGAACUGGCUGCACCCGUACGUGCUGUCUCGGCUGGGCGCGUUGCAGGCGCUCAAGUCCGGGGCGGACGACCCGCUGCGGGCGGCGCGCGCCAAGCAGCGGGCCAAGUACCUGGCACUGCUGGCGGCGCUACUGAGGCUGGAGUCCAAGCACCACCUGGGCGUCAAGGCGGAGGGCAUGGAGGGACUGGCCAAGGAGCUGCGGCUCAAGCAACCCCUGGCGGAGCUGCUGCUGGGCAGGUUCUACAACCGCACCGAGGACCCCGCCCGUGGCCCCCGCUAUGAGCGGCCUGACGCGCUCAAGGCGCUGCUGCUGUCAUAUAUCCUGGCGGUGGCGGUGGUGGCGGACGAAGGCGUGCUUGAUAAGGAACAGUUUGAGGAGCUGCGCGCGGCGCUCAAGAUGGACGCGACCAAGAUGGCGGCAGCGCUGGGGCAGCUGGGCUGCCAGACCAAGGCGGGCAAAGUUAAGGUGGAGCGCGAGGGUCGGGUCGUGGAGGUGCCCUCCUACAGCGCGAUGCUGCUCAAGCAGCCCGACCCGCGCGCCCCGGAUGCCAAAACGCUGGCGCAAUGUUUCCCGGAGCUGCGCCUGGACCGGCCCAAGGCGGGUGGCAAGAAGUAGCAAGAGAAAGCAACCUGGACGACCGGCGGUUAAGUGUAAUGACUUUCAUUCUUGGAGUAUUGACGUCGUGGCCAUUAGGGGGCUUGUGAAAGAUGACAGUGGCGCAGGGGUGUUAUGGCCCUUUAUGGCACGGGUAUGGCACGGGAAAGCUGUCGUGUUUGGACGCAGCUGUUGGAUGAAUGCAUAUAUGGCUGGUGGCUGGCACCAGCAGUUUAGCGCUCCAAAUGCGGCGCUGAACUUUCUGAGCAAAUGGGAGCAUGAGUUGCCUAUUGGCUAUCAGGUGGGCUCAACACUUGUGUGGAUACGCACACAUCAAUGUUGCUAGUCCGCAAUCACAGGAUGUGGAUGGACGCUAUCCGACAUCACAUCCACAUGGCACAAGCUGUAAGCCUGUAACAACGCAUACCC